GACUGCACCCGCCUAUUAACCACCUCCUCCGCCUCCCCCGCCUGCUGCUCUCCCGGCUCACCGCCCCGCCUCAUCGACGACGGAGAGAGGAGCCGCCGCCAGCCGCGACCGGAGCCAAUCCGCAGACCACAGGCCCGCCGCGAUGUCGGAGGAGCCGGCACGGAGCUCCACGGAGUCCUCGUCCGCGGCCUCCUCGGGGCUCGACUUCGAGGACACCGCGCUCACGCUCCGCCUUCCGGGCUCCGACCCCGACCGCAAGCGCGCCGCCUCCACCUCCGACCCCGCCGCCCGCUCCCCGCGCGCCUCCGACGCCCCGCCCUCCCCCAAGGCGCGGGUGGUGGGGUGGCCACCGGUGAGCCGGAACCGGCGGAACGCGCUCCCCAGGGGCAAGUUCGUCAAGGUGGCCGUCGCCGGCGCGCCGUACCAGCGCAAGGUCGACCUCGAGGCGUACGCGGGCUACGAGCAGCUGCUCGCCGCGCUCCAGGACAUGUUCACCGCCCACUUCACCGUCCGCAGGGGGGCGAACGAGGAGAUGGAGCUCAUCGAUGCCGUGAGCGGCGUGGAGUACGUGCCCACGUAUGAGGACAAGGAUGGCGAUUGGAUGCUCGUCGGAGACGUCCCCUGGAGAAUGUUUGUGGAAACCUGCCAACGCCUUCGUCUGAUGAAAAGCUCCGAGGUGGUUAACUUGGCGCCAAGAGCUGCUGAAUGAGGCACAUCCGCACUCCUUUUCUACGGACUGCUUGCUGGGGUUGGUCUCGUGUGUGACGGAGAGAAACGUGUACAGCCGUCGACUUCUACUUUGCCACUUUGGGUUUUGGUUCCAGCACGAGUUCAGAGAAAGUUUGUAGCCUGUAGCAUCAUCACCAGUUACAAUUGGUGCCUACAUACAUAUAGACGAAAAGAUGUUUAUGCCUUUGAAAUACACCUAUAGUUUUGUCAUAUGAUGAAUAAGACCAUGUCAGAGCCCCUGUUCUUUCCGUCUUCCGCGCUAGUUUACCAGAUUUUGUGAUGUGCGAUGCAGGUAAAGGCCCCUGUUAUGGUAAACGCUAGAACUCUUCAGGUUGUGUAACGGUUUUGCUCCGAAUUGUGUUUAUUGAGUGGUACAAUACGGUAUUGUCUGUCUCC